GCGGCUCCAGCGCCUAGAGGUGAAGUUAUGGCACGGCCGCCGUCAGAGAGCAGGCUCCCGCAGCAGUUCCCCCCAAAGUCCCCCACGGACCACUCUCCAGCCCAGCAGAGACGGACGACUGCGGAACCAGAGGAGCCCACUUCUCCAGUCAGAUCAGAUUGAUCCAAGCAGAAUUACAGCAGUGUUGGAUUGGAGAAGGGUGCAACAGACCUGCCAAGGGAAGAUAACAGCUGCUUUACUGCUACAGACUCCACUCUAAAAAACAAAACAACCCCAAAAGAAACAGCCGAGCUGGCCUUCAAGAUGUUUUAUUGUGCCUUAGUACUCGGUACUAAGGCAUAAAGCUGAUCUGAGAAUAGCUACCAUUCCAAGUGACCUGCUUUCCAUCUGAGGAUGACACUCAGAAAACAGGACUUCUGAGUCUUCUCUUCACCUGCAGUGCCUUCAGGCAUACUACCAAGACAGCAUUAUAGCCAAGGCCAUCAUGAAUCUGUUCAGAAGAGAUGUCAUGACCACAAAGAAGGAGAAAGAGAAGGAGAUCCGGUAUGAGGACCCCCCAGACGGAGGCUGGGGUUGGAUGGUUGUGCUGCACUGUUUCCUGGUAAAUGUCCUUGUGAUGGGCACACUGAAGAGCUUUGGGAUUUUCUUUGUGGCAUUUCAAGAUGAGUUUGGAGGCUCGUCAGAGAGCAUCAGCUGGAUAGGCUCCAUCAUGUCAAGUCUGCGCCUGUCUGCAGCACCCAUUGCCUCUGUGGCCUGUGCCAAGGUGGGAACCCGAGUGACCUCCAUCACUGGGGCACUGCUCGUUAGUGGAGGUUUCCUCCUGAGCAUUUUCGCCACAAAUGUGGUAUUCCUCUACAUCAGCAUGGGAGUGGUAGUAGGAAUGGGUUUUGCACUAUUAUACCAGGCCUUUUCAGUGGUAACAGCACUGUACUUCAGGAAAAGGCUGGCAACAGCGUAUGCAAUUGGGCGUUCUGGUAUGGGUUUGACCUUUGCCCUCGCUCCAUUCACCCAGCUACUUCUGGACAAAUAUGCUUGGCAAGGGGCAAUGCUUAUUCUUGGUGGGCUCAUGCUGAACUUGGUGGCUUCUGGGAUGCUUCUGCGGCCCAUCUACGUGAAGCCGCCUGCUUCACACACUACCUCUUCAUCCAUCCAAAAGAGCCCUGCUGUUUCCAUCAAGAGCUCUGCAGAGACUGAAAACUCCAAGAACUGUUUGUCCAUCAAGAGUUGUGCAGAGACGGAAAACUCCAAGAACUGUUUGAGCGGCUCUGCUCAUCUAACCAAUGGCAUCCUCAAAUCAGACUCUCUCAGUACGCCUCCAUCUCAUACGGACACUGAGGACCUCGGGGGCAAAUAUGCAAAAGAACAUGAGGAGCAUUCAUCCAACCCUGAACUGAACGGACUUGUCUUUGGUGACAGUAAUGGUCAUGAUUCCCACCAUGACUUCGGUCCAUGUAAACCUAUAUCUCCAGACAGUCCAACAGAGCUCAAUGGCAGCAUGAACGGGUCCACCAUUGUUGGAUUGCCCUCAAGUGCCAGCUUGCCAAGUGAGUUAACUGUCAAAACAGCCAAAGUACUGGAUUUCUCUUUGCUGAAGGACCCUUUCUUUUGCAUCUACACUUGGUCAUUGGUCUUCAGUCAGCUGGCCUACUUCAUCCCCUAUUUCCACCUGUCUGCGAGGGCCAGAACCCUGGGCAUUGAUGCCAUGGAUGCGUCCUUUAUCAUCUCUGUGGCAGGUAUCACGGAGACCAUUGCCCAGUUGGCCUCAGGCUGGGUGACAGACAGGAACCUAUUCCACAAAUAUAACUACCACAAAGCCUAUCUUAUCCUCUGUGGGGUGGUCAACCUGCUUUCCCCACUGGCGACCUCCUAUAUCCUGUUGAUGGUGUACGCAGUCUUCUUCGCCACCUUCUGCGGUGGCUACAUGGCUCUGCUGCUUCCUGUUCUGGUUGAUCUCGUUGGGUCGGAGAAACUCAAUAACUCCAUGGGCUUCUCCAUGUUCUUUGUGGGCUUGGGUUGCCUCACAGGGCCCCCUUUGGCAGGCUUCUUGUACGACUACACCCAGACGUAUGACUGUUCCUUUUAUCUGGCGGGGCUCUGCUAUCUGCUCUCCUCCCUCUCCUUGUUCAUGGAGCCGCUGGCUCAGCGCUGGACGGCCAAGAGGAAACUGUGCCAGACCAAGAGAGCAGAGAGCAGCGGUAAGAGGAAUGGCUGCUUCACCCCUGACCACCUGCAGAACGGCGCUGUGUAGGAAUGACAUCCAGGGAAGGCCUUCAAUCUUGAACCAACAUGCUCCCGACCACAGGCCAGCAUACCUUGGACCGUGGACUAAAAGGUCGGGACCUCGGCCAUGAAUUUCAGCUGGAGCACAGCACUGGCCUUACAGUAACACGAAGAGAACAAGCAAUAGUCUCAACAUUUGAUUUUGCAGAAUCUUACAAAAAAAAAGCCAAAAUUUAUUUUGUUCUUGACAAAUAUCUUAGUUUGUCCCCUUUUUCUUGUUCUUCUCAUCAGAGGUUUGAGCAUCAACACUGAGAUUAAUUCCUACAUAAUUUAUUGAAGGAAAUUUUUUUUCCUUCAACAUCACUAUUCUGCAAGGAGCCAAGCUACGCAGUUGAUCUCAAAAACCCGUCAGCUUUUCUAUGAUAACACUAAUGGAAGCACAUGUUCAUGAGGAUGAAUGCAACACCUCGUGUCUUGAGAAGCCUUUACCUGUAUCUAUAUACCUGUACUCACUGAUAUGCACUCUGGGCCAAGUUGUGAUUAUGCUGCAUGACAUCUUCUCUGACCUUUUACAGCCAGGUAGUCAAAAUACUGAGCAACCAUGUCUUUACAGCCUGCUCUUAUGACACGUGUAAUCUUUAAUAUGAAGCCAAAAAAAACUACAAAAAAAGCACAAUUACUUUUGGAAAAUGUAUCCUUUUGGAUAAUUGUAAGCAUGUUCUAGCAUUUAACUUUCAGCUAUGCACACUGACCCGAUAUUUAUAUCAGUAAUAGUAAUGAUCUGGAUGCUUUGUUGUCUGUCAACUACUUCAACAUACUUUCCUCAAGAAUCAGCAUUUAGUUUUCUUAGUAUUCUUUAGUUUUAAGUUCAGGAUUUGGGAAUAAACUUUUCUGUUUUAGCUUUUUAUUUUCUUAUAAUUGUUUUCUAAAAAGGAUUUUGGCAAAUUUUGUCCUCCAUUUGCAGUUCCUCUUUAACCCCUCUGUGCUCAUUUGCACUUCAAAUACCACCUCUUGCAUUUGCUGACAAUAGUUUUAUGCAUGUCAGUUAUUUUGUAAUCAUAUUUGAAGUUUUAUGCCGUUUAGAGCCCUGAAGGUCCAAUGGGUGACUUUUGCCAAUGGGGCAUUUAAGGGCAGUUGCUCAGCUGAUGUUUCUUUAGACGCCUUCACAAACCCUGAAUUUAUGCUUUUUACAAUCAAACUAAUCCUCAGGAACCUCUGAACAUGUUAACUGAAACUUUAACUGCUAACAUACUCUCAUAUUUCAUCUCUUAUUUUUAAACUGACAUUUAAACUGCUUUCAGUAUAUAUAGGCCAGUUGAAAAACCUGAUACUUUUUUUCCUCCUCAAAAGGCUAUUGAACUACUUAUAGUGACACCGAAAACAGCUGUCAUUCUUGACAGUUUUUCUAUGUGUCAGCAAAGACUUUAAACGUUCAACCAUCAUAGUUUCCUUGACUACUUUUAUUCUGAAAUGAUGCAACUUGUGAAAUCCUCUCACUUUUCAAUGUCUCUCCUCAGUUUCUUCCAGGACUUAAACUUGAAAUUGAUAAUCCCAAGUAUUUCAUCUUGCAAAUCCAACCUACAUCUUUACUUAAGAUAUUUUAACACCAGCUGUGCGUGGACUCCUCCACACAAGAUUUGUAGCCUCUCAUAUGGUACAAUUAUCUAUAGUUUAUCAUUCUGGUGGUCGCUAAUGAAAACAGACAUAUAAAUGGCCAAUUAAUGUCGAUGAGAACGUGGUCAUGCCUAUCUCACUGCUUCUGAGCUGUUCUAUGCAAAUGCACACACACUUUUUCUUUGAUUAAAGCGCACAAACUUUGCCUGCUGCAAAUGUACCAGCUCCUGAGAGAGAGAGGGCCUGUUUAGUGGAGGGUUUGCUUCAGAUUUUGAUCGCAGUUGGACAGAGGGGCAAGGGACUUGAUGAGCUCCACUGAACAGCAGGGUUGUUUUGUUUUGUUUGUUUUUUUGUCCUUUUGUGUGUAAUUAUGCGUUAUGUUGUCAGCCUGUAUGUCUGUAAAUGUUGGACCAGCUGCAUUGAUAGUUGGUUGAAUACCCUAAAAGAUCUGUUACCCAGACUUUACAGUGCCUGCAAGCAGCCAAUAACUGGCAAUGCAAACUUACUAGUUUUUUUUUUACAUUUAUACUCGGGAGCCCGUAGGUUGCUAAAUCUUUUUUUUUUUUUUUUUUUUUUAUAAUACUUUAGAUGUUUUUGUGUUUUCGGUGGACUCCUUUUUUUUUCUACCACUGCUUGCCUUACAAGGUCAUUUAUCUUUUACUAACGUUCCUGUAUUGUCAGCCAAAGAUCCCCUAAGUUCCCUCUCUUUCAAUGUUUUGCUUAUUUCUGAUAUAAUAGCGUGGCGAGUGAGUAUAAUUUUAACCUUUUUUGGGGGCCUUAUUUGAGGAUGGGCUGAAACUCCAGAGAUGUGUUUUGUUAUGCUGCCCUCUUAUGGCAGAAGAAGGUUUCUACUCAAGGAAUGCCACCUCAAUUAGAACCAAAUUAUUCCCCCUCAACUCGCUUUCAUAAUACUGAGCUAGGCCCUUUGUAUUGUUUCUAUAACGACAGUCACGCACAAAAGCUCUUUUGACUCACGAGUUGCAUUCACAACCAGUAUGCUUUUGUGAUUUAGACCCACUGGAACUUUUUGUACCAUUUAAAAAAGAAGUCUUUUAUGAAAAGUAUUUUGAGGCUUUAAAAGUAGAUUUGCUCAUUAUUUUUUUCUUUUUAGUCAUGUGUAUAUGUUUAGGAAAUGUAUCCUUGUAAAAUGUCUGAUUUUUUUUCUUCCUUUCAUAAAGUCUCAAACAGCUCUGAUAAAGAAACGAGUGCUUUCUAAAGGCACUUUACCUCUUUACCUGACAUCUUUGCUGCAACAAAUGCAUUAAUGGGGGAAAUCGCUAUUUGGUUAAUGCUCUGGUUUCUGGAUUUGUUAACAGAUUGACUUUAGAAGAUAUUUUUAACCAAUCAAAACACUCUGUUCCAAGACUGUAAACUUAAUUUUUAAGCCUUGUAAUAAACUGAUGUGUGACUGAA